GCGAUGAAAGAUGAAAUGCAAAAAAAACUUAUUUCUGUCCUAGUAUGUUGGUAGGUUGGUUCUCAUUGUCCCUGGUUUGCGCAUUUUAGUGGACCAAUCGCAGUGAAACCGAACGACCGAAGUUGAUAACCAUGGAGACCAACGCGCCAACUCCGACAGAAGGCCAAGUCCCGGCCGAUGAAGCGAUCGAGCCGGAGACUACAGCGCCGACGAUGACGCCCACUCCUGCUGAGCAGGCGUACCGUGCGAGGUACAAUGAAACGAUCGCUCCUCCCAGUGGCCCGUCGUCUCGAUCGAUUCGACCACCGAACGCUUUCCCUCCCGAGUCCAAACGAGCGGAUCAGAUCGAAGAUGCUGAAGAAGAUCUCGAGGUCGACAUGGAAGAGCUCAAAGCUGCGGUUCACGCUUACAACGUCGAUUUCCAGCAGCGCAUCGAUGCAGUAAAGCAGCGAGGACGCGACCUCGAAGCGAAGUUAGGAACAGAGCACGACGCUAUGACGAGCUCCAUCAAGCAAUUGAGAGCGGACUUUAAAAAGCAGUUCCAAACAGCCUUCCUCACACUGGAACAGAAGAUGCUCUCGCAUUUCGCACGUCUCGAGGUGCAGGAGAUCACCGUUCAAGAGAAGAAACUACACGAAUGCGAGUCCGAGUUCGGCACAUUCGCGUACACGACCGUGCCCGAUAUCAUGGAAAAGUUACAGGGUACAAUCACACGGAAGUUAGAGAAGAACCACGAGACGUUCGACAUUGAGAACGCCAAGAUCCAAAAGCGCGAGAAGAAGACUCUCCACGCUCUAGAGAGCAAUGAGCGCAAGACAGACGCAAGUUUCCGUACUGAGACUGCGCGACGCAUUGCCAAGUUCCAGGAACGCGAAGAGGAGUUCCACCACGUCAUGCGCGUCGACAAUCGCAGUGUGGAGCGAGAUCAGUCGCAGCAGAUUCAGGGACUGGUAGCUCUGCACACUCAACUAAAAGCCGAGAGCGCUCAACGUGAAAAGGAAGACCUGCAGAUUCUAGACAAUCUAUCGUCUUCUUUUGGAAGACUGCAAGCCAGUAUACUCGAGAACCUAGGAGAAGACACCACAGCCGCGUAAUAUACACACAAAACACUCCCAAAAGACAGAAAACUCGAGUGGAGGAACGAC